CUGUGUUUUACGGAUUUCUUAAACUCGAUUGAUUCGCUUCGGUUGUUUGAUGUUUCCUCAUUGUCUGUUAUCUCUUUGUCCACGAGUGUGUUUGGAUUGAAUUAAAACGCACGUUUUAUGCAAUGUGUUACAAUGGCAAAAUUAAUCCACACAAGAGAUGUAGGAAAGCACACGUACAUAGAAUGUUUACAAUAAGUGAAAACGUUCAUGUAGGUCAGGUCAAAAAGAAUACAAGUGUCCUCUAUCAUAUUACAAAUAACCACGUAAAAUUUUGAGUUAUUAAUUAAAGAAAAUUGGAAAUUUAUCUCGCGCGCAAUAAUUCUCCAAUCUUUUUUAAUUAAUAACGCAAAAGUCUACGUGGUUAUUUGCAAAAUGGUGAACUUUUUGAUCAGUUUGACCAAAGCGCACAACGGAAAUUUUAAUUAUAGUCACAUCCUGCACGCAUAACGCGCGGUCACUCACCAAUUUUCUUUAAUUAACAACUAAAACUUUGACGUGAUUGUUUGCAGGAUGAUGGAGGAAAAUUUUGUUUGACCCAACCCGAAUUGAAAUCUCAAUUCGUUUUUCGACCUCUAUAUUCAUCCAUUUAACGCCUAUUUCGAUGCUCUGAAAUUUAUAUCAACCUUUUUUGAUUCCAUUUAAUUAAUCAAUUUUGCCGAGAGAUUCUCUUUAAAAUCUACGAAUAGCAUUUUGUAUGUUUCCUGUCAUUUAGGGGCGCUAAGGAAUUCCAUGUGUAUUAAAUAUACAUUGACUCUUCAGAAUAUACAAAUGUUGGAUAGUUUAGGUCGAAAAUAGGCAUAAAAUUCGGUAACCUACAUGUGUACACACGAUCUAUCCUCAGACACCCUGUAUACAUUCGACAUUCGAAAUUCCACUGCAUGAAACUGAAUAAUAUCAAAUUCGGUCCUUUUAAAAAAUACUUGAUUAUACCCAAGAUUGCUUUUGCGAACCCGACGAAGUUUUACAAUUCAAUAAAUCGACAGAGCGAGCUUUUUAUACGAGACUCCGAUGAUAUCAGACAUUAGAGUCUGCCGAACGAUGUCGCCGGAUAAGCCUGUCUUACGAUUGAUCCUUUUUUUACGCCACUCCCGCGGUUUUUAUCUCUUCUACUAACUUAUGUUCUCUUCUUCUCGUAACAGGUGGUGACGAACGAACUCGUGGGAAAGGCGCAGACUUACCCCUCUGCGAGAAGAGCCAGUGGAGCACGAAAGUGGCGGUGUUCAUGAGCUCCAAGAGACCCGGAAGACGACGCGCGAUUUAUUUACAUGCAGCGGACGCAAACGCGCGACAAUCGCAGCGCGCGCGCGAAAGACGCAAGUAAAUUACCGGUUCAGCUGCGGCCACGCUCUAAUCGGCUUACCGAGGCGUGGAAAGUCCAAUUCUUCCUCCCCCCUCUUGAUUGAGAUCGCCGCGACGGUUCGACGGUGCAUUAAAACGACGUGGAAAUUCGCCGAGAGGACGAAGGGAUAAAAUAAGGAGAAAGCCUCGGGGAGAAACAUCCAGGGCGAACCGGCACCCACGGACGUGCGUCGAGCUUACUUAUUACGGAAAUCCGGUUUGUUGGAAUGAGGCUUUGAAGUUUCUAUCGCCCGCCGACGAACCGUGCUCUAUCUCUUUUCAUCGCUAUCUGUUUCUUUUUUUUUUUUUCUUUCUUUUGGACUCACGGCCGAAGAAAAGAUGGGGAAGCGGAAAACUGAGUGGCUUCGCAUUCAAGCGAAUUCCAAUCCGCAUUCCAGCCAGGACGAUCGUGCCAUGGAAAAAUGACGGAAGUGUCCGCUCCAUGUACGAUCGGGCGUCCCUUUGCUGUCAGAAGAUCCUUCCGCGAUAUCAUCCAGUCGAGUGACUUCGACCGCGCCUCGUAAUAAGAAAUCGACAGUGACGAAAAUCAAAGUGACAUCCGGAUGACGCCGGCGAAUCACAGCGGCGAGCGAAGAAACGCGGAAUCCGUCCUCUAGGCCAUAGUUUACGUGGUGAGAUCUAGUCAUGCAGCCGCGACGAUCGAAUCUACGGGACUCGAGAACGCGCGUACGAAGAAAACUUUACGACAAAAUUCUUUACGCUCACAAAACGCGCGGAUCGUGUCUCGAGGUUAUCUGAGAUCUCGCUCUGUUAUCGCGAAGUAUGUCACUGCGGGACACACGUAAUCGUAGUGUGAACGAAUGAUCGUAAAUGAACGGCAAUUGACGAGUCCGCGGUUAGUGAGCGCGCGAACAUUCAGCAGAGCACAAGACAUUGGUGAUGUUUUCCGCGCGAUGUAGGAUCAUCUGUGACGAGAGCUCGGAAGGGGCAAGUGUGAUAUCGUUAAUCUCUCAUUGCCAACCGCGUGACCUCCGCCACGAAGCAGACUCGCCAGUGCGAUCCACGGAGUGCAAUUGACAAAUGCGUGCAUGUGGCGACGUGUCCGGCAACGAAUGCAAAGCUGACGGCGAGAGAAUUCGAUGACUCUGUAGGAUAGGCAAACGAGAGGAUGGAGAAGGACAACGUCAGGCCUACUUACAGGGCUUACGAGGGCUUUAAGCCGGCGAACAACGGCAACACCUCGUCCCUGAAGAGGUCAACGUCGGAACGCUCCAAGACGCAUCCAUCUCGUCAAGUGAGAUGCCUGUGCUUCGGUGGCGUGCCGGACAAAGCCAGCCAGCAUUCUUUCUUAAAGGGGUUUGUCAUAAACCUCGGGAUAUGCGCCCUCUUGGUGGCCUACACCCUGUUGGGCAGCUUCAUAUUUUUAGCCAUCGAGGGCGGGGCUGAUGUUAGUCUGCAACAAAGGACCCUCGCUACUACGAUAGCUGGGAAUCAGCAUACUAGAAGAAACACUACCGCCUGGUUAAAGCAGCUUAAUCACGAGGCCCGGGCGAAGACUGUGGAGAACAUAUGGAUAAUCACGGAGAGUUUGAACAUUCUCUACCGUGAGAACUGGACGAGGCUGGCUGCUCAGGAGAUCGCGCGGUUUCAGGACCAACUAGUGAAAAGGAUCACGGAGGACAUGAUGGCGACCCAAAAUGCCGGGACGUAUACCGGGAGUUCCCCCAGCGAAACCGUAACGGAACGCCGUGCGCCGGAGUACGAAUGGAACUUCGCUAAGGCCUUCCUCUAUUCUCUGACAGUGCUUACCACCAUCGGAUGUGGAAGUAUCGCCCCGAAAUCCACUUGGGGAAAAGUCGCUACCAUGGGUUACGCCAGUCUCGGGAUACCCUUGACCUUGGUCUACCUAUCCAGCGCGGGAGGUCUCUUGUCGAGAUGCGCCAGAGGUGUCUUCACGCGAGCUCUUUGCUGCUGCCUCUGCUCGAAUUGCGGCUACUGUUGCUACGACGAGAGGCGAAUGCAGGAAAAAGAGCGGCGAAUGAGAAAGAAACGGCAACAGGAGGAGCUGGCGCAGCAGCAACAGCAACAGCUACAACUGCAGGAACCCUUUUACGUCCGCGCGAAUGCAUCGACGUUUACAAGCACCGUGGAAAUUAAGGCCAGCCCGAAAGACGAGGUAUCGAGCCUCGGCUCGGGUGACAGGCCCAACGUUACGAUACUCGCCCCGAUUAGUAUUUGUCUUGGCGCGAUGCUAUGCUACAUCGUCGCCGGAGCGUUCACUCUGCACAAAUUGGACGGUUGGUCAUUCGUAGACGCGAGCUAUUUCUGCUUCAUGAGUCUGAGCACCAUCGGUUUCGGCGACAUGGUGCCCGGUUCUUAUCCCCGUCACAACCUCGCCGACUCAAGAAACGUGACGGUUUGGUUUUGCUCUUGCUACAUAAUGUCAGGAAUGGCCCUGACAGCGAUGUGCUUCAACAUCCUGCACGACGAGAUCGUCCAUCGACUGAGUCACCAGCCGGACAAGCCGGAGCCGGUGAAGGCAAGCUCGUCCGUGGACGAGCUAUCGACGGACCCCUUCGCGCUGACCUCGUGACAAUUUCCGUCGGGCAAUCUGUGCCACAGGAACGGCACCGAUGAGAACAAUAUAUGUGGCACGGAACCACCCACCAAUAUAUUCGCGCACGAGAACGAGAUCAACAUCCUGAAGGACACCUUCAAUCAAGUGGAUGUCACUAGAGACUGCAAGCCGAUCCUGAAGCUCGAGGAUCAUGUUCCGCCGAUAUCAGCCGUUUAUAUGUUGCCCAAAGUGGACGAGGAGGCUGAAGAAAAUACGGAAAUGUAAAGCCUCGGCGUGCCUCGGCUAGAGGCCGGAUCGGAUUCAAUCAACUAGAGAUUAUCUAACAGCAUUUUUACGGAUCGUAACCAGAUGAAUAGGUAUAUGUAACACGUUGUAUAUGCUAAACCAUAUUGUCAGAUCGCGACGAUGAUAAGAUGUUUUGCUGAAUCUAUCAUUAAAGUGUUGGAUCUACAAUUCCUACAAUGGACAACGUGAUGAUCUUAAUGAAAACUGGAAAGCAAUUAUAUCCUUUCUCUAUUUAAAAAAAAUUGAAAAAAGAAAAAUGUAGUUUUAUAGAGAUUUUUGCAAACAUAAGCUUUAAAUUUCUUCGAAUUAUCAUCUAAUGUUUUAUGCUAAAAUUGUUCACUUUAUAAAAUUAGUUUUUUUAACUGAAUGUAAAAAUUACUAUAUCAUUGCGAUUUUUGUGUUAUGCAAAAUAUAUCAAUGUUUCUAGAUCCAACGAUUAAUAAUAGAGUCACUAACACACCUUCAUUAAUCAAAGAGCAUAGGUAAACGUAUACAAUACGUCAUCUGGGACACAUUCCAAAAGUUCAAGAAUAAUAAGUGCUUAAGUCGUGGACGCAAGUAGGACAUCCUCUUUGAAAUCGUUACAGCAAGAUAGCUUCAUUUUCGCCCGUAUAAUAAAACGAUAUAAGGCCACACUUGCAUAUUAUACUGACUAAUUGUACUUUUAAAAAAGUUCAAUUCUAUAUAAGUCGAUUUUGAUUUGAAAGUUAUUAUUGUUUCUAUCAAAAUUGAAAAGUUAAUAAAACUUUGUUUCUUUAAAUUAAUAUAAUCUUAAGAACGAAGUGAAAUUAAAAGAUGAAAGUUAUUCAAUUUCAGAUGUCACACACCGCGAAACUUACGUUGACUGUAGUAACGUAUUCGUCUCGGAACAAUGUAAUAUGCGCUGAUACUUUCGGUUCGCGUAAGAGCAUAAGAGCUUUACUGAAAAGUACUAUAUUCAGCACAUAACCGUCAUAUUUGAUAAAUACGGUAAUAGCAUUACGUAAGUUCUAAGUAAGAUGGCACCAAGAUAGGUAAAGUGUUUCCUAAAUGUCGUCGGACAUUCUUGAACUUCUACCAGACGUUGCCAGGUUAAUCUGGAAGUGUCCUUAAUGAAUGUUUGCUGAAUGUUGGUGGAAUAUGAAGCUACCACCUUCGCAAAAACAAAGUGUCGGAAAGGUUAAUGCAAAUAACAUCGAAGUUCUCCUCAUGUUGGUUAAAUGCAUGUCAAAUUAUUAUCAAAGAUAUUUAGCGUACCAGGGUACAGGUGUGCUGUUUGAAGUUACUGCUCGUGAAUGCGUCAUCUUUCGUCGUGUAGUUUCAAGUAAUUCGGAUUAAUUGGGGGAAUCACACCGAAAAGAGUGAAAUCGCAGAAACUAAAACCGUGAGUAGUUCUUCAUUACGACCCGGCCGCGUACCGGCAUUAACGACAGGAAAUUACGUUUACGUCGUCGAUAAAAUGAAUAGAGCAAAUGACCGGCAUAAAAUAAUUUCCCAAGGGGCAAUGGUGCAUUUCAUUCGCGGUCGGUAUGCUCUUCGUGCACGGAAAUGUUGGAACUCCCCUUUUAUUUCCCUAUCUUCCUUAUUCAUGUCACGUACAGCCGUUACUUCCCAAGAAAGCUUUGGAAUCGGCUGAAAAGUUGAUGUUUCGUCGAUAUAAGUAAUGCCUUAAAAAAACAGAAGAUCUUAAAAGUUGAACAUUUUAAGUCCUGUAAAGUGCUGAAUGUGAAGUUUUCAAGCUGACACUGCGUACAAGUAUGAGCGACGCGCACGAUUCAUUUCUUCGCAGGGCAGAUGUCGUUUUUACAUGUGGAAUGUAAAUGAAAUCUCACACACGCAUACAUGAUAAAAACAAUAUCCAGCAGCGAUCUUUCAGCGAAUUAACAUAUCCUUGAAUGAUAGUAUUGUAGUUCGGCGAAGUGAAUCACGCGCAAAAAGGCACGGAAUCUUCUUCGAAAUUAAUUUCCGAUAAUGCCGGACUUGUGUGUUUGAUAUCGAUUUCUUGGCAAGCAUGUCACGGGCGAAAUCAAUCUAGAUGUUGUCGCGCGGAUUCGAGUUAUAGCUCACCUGCUUAAUAUUCAAUGAGAUUUCGAGGACGUCCUGGCUUGCGGACGGAGACCGACUUAAUGUUUCUACACGCCUACUUAGAUAGGGACAUGUAAGGAGUUUUUUAUAUUUCCAUAUUUAAGUAUUCGCAAAGUAAACGCGUUCUUGUCUGUAAUAUAAUUAAGCUGUCGAUCCUUGCGUCUAGCUCAAGAUGGAUCAACGGAUGUACACGUACACGGCCAGUCGCGCGCGCGUACAUGUUUAUCGAACGAUCCGUCAUCUUUCUUACGUCCUCGCGAGAUUCUACCGAACUGUAAGUUCAAUCACACACUGCCGUACACAGAAAUCUGCGCAAAUAGCAGCCCGGUUGUCGUUGAACAAGGAUCAUGUUGCCUAAAUGGAUGAGCAAUAUCUAAAAUGGAGUAAUCGUUUAAAUAUAACUGUUUGCACACAAAGAGAGAAUCUAUUACGGAAUAUUUUGUUGCAAUUUUAAGUCGCGCGGCAAGUGAAGAAAUGAUCGUUUGAUCAGCGAUAACUGUAGCAGGUCUUGUAAUACUGUUAUGUACGAUGAUGAGCAACGCGUUGUUUGUUAUACUGCCAGUGGCCGGAUGUUAGAAUCAAAUGAAUGAAAUCAAAUUCUGUGCUCAAGAACAAUAACUAAGGUAUUUACGGAUAGGCAUUAAGAAUGUUGCGUUUAGGACGUCUGUCUCCGUUCCCUUUCAUAUUAAUAUAUUCGAAUAGGCCACAAGAAGAGUGCGUAAACAAAGCAUAGCUGUGAAUUAGCUAUAAACGAUUAUUUUCGCUGCGUAUGGGGCAACCUUUGCGCGUGGCGAUUAAUAUUAUAUAAGCGUGUGUGCCGUACUUAUGUUGCUACGUUAAAAUAUUCUUUACAUAUCCCUUCUCACGCGAAUGAGUGGUAUAAUUUAUAUAUAACCCAAUAUAUUGAAAAUAAAAAUUAGAAUAAAUUAUAUGUUAAAUUAA